AGAGGCACAGGGGUAGCACGUGACGUGGGUGAGGACGAAUCGUGUGCUUGGCAGAAGCUUCAUUGGACCUGGAAGAGCGAAUUUUCAAGAAACUCUUUUGUUUUCUUCAAACGCAUUCGAGCAGAGAAAGAAAAACCAUAUUCGCUUCUUCGAUCUAAUAGUUAGACGAUGAUCUAAGAAAAGCUAUGUCAUCGGCGUUGUCAAGAUCGUUGUUGUUGCACAGACUCACCCCAUUCUUCGCAUCUCGAAUUCGUCAGAACCACAGACUUCUCAGCUCUUCUUCUUCUGCCCUUCCCGAAUUUCCAUCUCCAUCUCCAUCUCCAUCUGUUGAUGCCAUUCAAAUGACAGACAAUUGCGUCCGGAGAAUGAAAGAACUGCAAGCCACUGACACAUCAUCAGAAGGAAAAUUGCUUCGCUUGAGCAUAGAAGCUGGAGGAUGUUCUGGGUUCCAAUAUAAUUUCUUGCUUGAUGACAAAACCAACUCAGAUGACAGAAUUUUUGAGAGGGAUGGAGUUAAGUUGGUGGUCGAUAAAAUUUCAUUUGACUUUGUAAAAGGUGCAACGGUUGAUUAUGUCGAGGAGCUGAUUCGUUCUGCUUUUCAGGUGGCUACAAAUCCAAGUGCAGUGGGUGGGUGCAGCUGUAAAAGCUCCUUCAUGGCAAAGUAGAGUUAGUAGUUAUUGUAGGACGAGAACCAGAUAUCUUAUCUAUACACCUUGCAGAGAGUUAGGAGAUCAUCACGCAUUUUUUCUUACUAUUAUAACAACUUUGCACCAAUUCAUUGUAUAAUUCUGUGUAGCAAGUAGAGCAUCUCCUGCCUAUUUAUGUUGAAAGAAACUUGUUCACCUCCUGUUAUACAUGAUCCAUCAUUAAAGGUGUCUUCGUUUUUGUGUCUA